CAGUUGUAAAAACAGUAUCUAGCUGUAAAUUUCAGCAACAGCAAAAAACUGUAAAUUUUAUAGUAACUUGCUGGCAACCCUGCUACCAGUUCUUUACUGUUUUUUGACGAGAAAUUUUUUACCAGUGUACCAGGUGUAAAAAGAGCACUUCUGGGAUAAAAAAAAAAUAUGGCUUCAUCGUCUGGUAAGAAAUGCUACUAAAGUCAAAACAAUAUUUGUUGCAUUAAUUAUAAAUUAUUUUAUUAUUAUUAUAAUUUUUUAUUAAUUUUCUGAUAAAAUGACAGUCAAAAGUGUAACAAUACGUUGCGCUGGUUAGUGCGCUUCCAUAAAUGUAUUCACGUUUAUCACCGUUUAAAACCAACGCGAUGUCCCUUUAAGAAACUGAGCUGGUUGGGAAGGCGGUAGCAAAAGCCGGUCAGAUAUGGCGGAAUGCAAGCGCACUAUGUCGUUUCCGUCUUCAGCAAGCAUGACUUCGCUGGCUCGGGCUCUGUCCAAUAGCCGGUUAAAUCAGCUUGAUCAGUCCGAUGUGCAGACAUCUUUCAGCCGGAGCGCCAUGGGUCAGGGUCGCCGAAGGAGACUAUCGAGCAGCGCCAGUGUAGAGUCUGGGGAUAUCAGCCCCAGUGCCGAAGCGAGGGUCCUUGUCAUAAACACCGGCGGAACCAUCGGAAUGACGUAUCAGAAUAACGUUUUGUCUCCAGAACCAAACGCUUUCGUCAAAACUCUACGCAAACUCCCCAUUCUGCAUGAUGAGCAGUAUGCACAACUGACACGGCUGUAUGACUAUUACAAGCCUCAGGAGAACACACUGGUGCUGCCGAAGCCCACUCAUGCAGCUGAUCAACUAUUUCAUGGAAUGUCCAAACAGAACAAGAGGAUUGUAUAUACAGUCUUAGAAUACUCUCCCCUGCUUGACUCCUGCAAUAUGACCACAGAUGACUGGGCCAAUAUUGGAAAAGACAUUGAGAAACACUAUGAGGAAUAUGAUGGUUUUGUCAUCCUGCACGGAACAGACACUAUGGCUUACACUGCCUCUGCCUUAUCCUUCAUGUGUGAGAACCUGGGAAAACCUGUCAUCCUCACUGGCUCACAGGUGCCUAUCUAUGAGAUGAGGAAUGAUGGGAGGGAUAACCUCUUGGGGGCGCUGUUGAUAGCAGGACAGUUUGUUAUCCCUGAGGUUUGCCUCUAUUUUCAUCAUAAGCUGUACAGGGGCAAUCGUGUCACCAAAGUGGAUGCUGGAAGCUUUAACGCAUUUGCCUCACCAAACCUGCCGCCAUUAGCCAAUGCUGAAGUCGACAUUAAAAUUAACUGGGACACUGUGUGGCGAGCCAACACGACCACCAAAUUCACUGUCAACACACAACUGAACCGCAAUGUGGGUCUCCUGCGGCUCUUUCCGGGGAUCACUGCUGAUACAGUCAGAGCCUUCUUGCAGCCCCCUAUGGAGGGGAUCGUGUUGGAGACCUAUGGCAGUGGAAAUGCCCCUGACAACCGUGUUGACCUGCUGGAGGAGAUCCGGAAAGCUACAGAGAGAGGACUUCUCAUGGUCAACUGCACCCAGUGUCUCAGGGGCACGGUCACAACCUCAUAUGCCACUGGCAAGGCUCUGAGCGAUGCAGGUUUGGUCGCUGGGUGUGAUAUGACCCCAGAAGCUGCUCUUUCAAAACUCUCCUAUGUGCUGGCAAAAAAAGACCUCAGUACACUAGCGAAAAAGAAGAUGCUGAGCCGCAAUCUGCGUGGUGAGAUGAUCGCUGACCUGGACGGGGCCAAGCUUACUCUCAGCGAUAGUCGAUUUAUUCAGGUUAUUGCCAAGUCCCUCAGCAUUAGCUGUAAAGAGGAGCUUGAAGCCAUUCGAGAUGCACUAACGCCCACACUAGCCUGCGCUGCUGCUAAGAUCGGAGACAUUGAGGCAUUAGAGGCCAUAAGGGAAAUGGGCACUGACUUGAGCAUGGCUGAUUAUGAUGGCCGCAGUCCACUACACAUCGCCGCAUGUGAAGGGCAUCUGAAAGUGGUGCAGUAUCUCCUGAGUCAGGGGGCCACCGUCUACGCCAAAGAUCGCUAUGGCGACACACCCCUUCGCAAUGCUGUUCGCUUCAGGCAUAAAGAUGUAGUGAAGCUGCUAAGGAAAACUGGAGCUCACUUCUUCCGUGAUGAAAUGGAGGAUGCUGGAACUGAGAUGUGCAGUCUUGCCGCAAGUGCAGACUUGGAGGGACUGGAAAUGUGGCACUUGGCUGGGGCCGAUUUUACCAUGUCAAGUUAUGAUGGACAGAUGCCUAUUGAAGUGGCAAGAGCUGCUGGACAUGAGGAAGCUGUUGAGUUCCUACAACAGGCUCAAUACCGAACUCAGCAUCAGGCAGAUGAGGGUAACGAGUCAGUAUUUGAGGAAAAUGAGGAAGAGAAUGGCGAGUUUAUCGAGUUCACUGCUUGCCCAACAAGAUCCUGAGGAGACCAUCCUACUUGCUGUCACUUCUUGCAAUUAUUCCUCUACGUUCUCAUUUUCAGCCAACCUCGAUUUUCUUUGCGAGCCCUUUAAAAAAAGCACAAGCCAUUUUAUUUCUUUUUUUAUUCUUUAGUCCAUCCCAACAAGUAGCAAUCAGAUAUGAAUGUAUUGUAAUGUUGACAGAAAAGGAUUCAUAAAUGCUAUAUCUGUAUAAGUUCAGGGAAUUUUACAGUAAAGUGUACUGUAACUACUGAUGUCAAAACUAGAUGAUAACAUGUUGAUGUGUUUUAUGGCAUAGUGUGUUCAUUAGAAUAUGAUGUAUUUAUUGCUUACAUGCAGAAAUGCCCUUAUCUGACAAUCAGUCAACUGUAUGUAUAUAUACAGUUUACAGUCUGAAACUGACUAAUGGAUGUUAUUUGUUUAUCCAAUGUUUUUUUUAAGUGUUAAGGCCUUUGCACACCAGAGACGAUGCGAUGAUGCGAAACGAAAUGCCAACGAAUGGCCCUUUCACAUUAAAAGCGAAGCGAAUGAUCGCCGUUAACACAUUCACAACUUUAUAAUAGGUGGUGCUGAUCUACAAGCAAUUUUAAUGUUGUUUUGUUGGUGGAGCAAAGCACCUCUAAGCUGGUCUUUCACAAGCUAUUUCAAUUCACCUGCAAGAAUUUAUUUUCUUAAGACAUAAUCUACAAUCACGUUUUCAUCAAACCGCACAGUGACGACUCUAAGACAUUACAGACAUUACAGCUUAAUUUUCUGUUAUAGCAUCAUUUCCUGUAAAGCUGCUUUGAAACGAUGUGUUGACUGAACAUGUAUAGGCUUCACCACAGUCUGAGGGGUGAAUAGAAAGAAUUGUGUAAAUAUAAUAUUAACUUUAUAACAAAUGUUAUCAGUUGGAACAAUAUUGAUAGUAUCUUAUUGCCAUGUACAAUUGUGUUAUGUACAUUUCUUUAAAAUCAUUGCAUAAUGCUCACAUGUAAUGACUGUAAAAAGAAAUGUUAUUAAUUGGAACAACAUUAUAUCUUAUUGUCAUUCACAUCUACCUGUGUUAUUUACAUUUGUGCAAAAACCUUACAGACAUCCAAGAGUCUGUAAAAUGUAUGCAAUAAUACCCAUCUUCAGUUGGACCCAUUAUUAGAUGCUUUAUUACUUUUAACUAUAGCACAGCCAUUUUUGAUAUACAAAGGUGUUUUGAUACAAAGACAUAUACUGAGUGCACAGCAAUGGAAUUAAUAUUCAUAUUUGGCAGAGAAACAUUUAAGAUGUGUAAAAUUGUUUCAGAUCAUUGUUUUUAUGGGAUGCAAGGCAGCGAUGCAGCAAUAAUUGACAUGUUCAGAGAACCCAUAUGAGAAGAGAGAGUUCAAUUUUUAAAGGUGCAGUCAGUCAUUUUUUCCUCAAAAAACUCCUAAAGUCAUGAAUUGUCAUUUUUGCAAUAUAUUUAAGAAAAUCAUGACCACUCAUAUUAAAAUGAAGACUCCAGUCAUACCAGUAACCUUAUAGGAGCUGUUUUAUUCUACAUGGAGAGGGUCCACACAUUGGGGCUGCCAUGUUAGAAUCACAUGACUAGCCGGAUACUAGCAUAAUCACAGUAACCGUCAUGUUAUUUGAUUCAAGUAAUAAUGGCUGACUGUGAAUUCAAAAUUUCUACAAUGGCAUCUGAAACUGAAAACUAUUGAUUUCAAAUUGUGCUGCAUCCAAGCCACUAGGUGUCAGUGUAAGUCCAAGAUAACACAAAGACAAAAGUUACUGAAUGCACCUUUAAGACUUUUGAUCCAAAUAAAAUUCUGGCACUCACUGCUAAUUCAGGAUUUCUUCUUUGAGUUCUUUCGGUUUAAUAUCGGUGGUCAACAAAGUCAAAACUCUGUUUUAGCGCUACCAGUGCCGGUUUUGGUAAUGCUUCUUUAACGUGAUCCAAAGCUCAUUUUUAUUGGUCAGGGCAUUUCAUAGCAGGAUGAGGGAAAAACAUUUGUCAAACCCACUGAAAAAAAAAAAAAAAAAAGGCUUUGUCUGUGUGCGAAUGUUUGCAGGUAUGAAUACCUCUAUAGGAAUGUAUUGUUUAUUCAAAAUCUUAAUUGUGGUGAAAAUUUGCAUGUGGUGUCCAAACAGAACAAACUGUUAGUGCUGUCUCCAUAAUGUAAAUUAAAAAAGAAAAACAUUUUUUAAUUGGAUUUAUCCUUUUAAAAUGUUAUCAGUUGUCAUGUGUGUAACUAUCAAAACAACGUAUUAUUUUUGUAAAACAAAAUGAAUAUUAAUGUAGUGGAAUAUUUUUUUCUUUGUCACUUAGUUUUGUCAGCUUUGUUCUCCAUUAAUCUGUGAUUCUUAAUCAGGUUGGUCAUGUUUGAAUUUUAGAUCACUUUAGAAAAAACUUUUAAUCAAACUAUUUUAGGCUAAUUUAAAAUUGGUAUAGGAAUAUAACAUGCAAAACAAAUGUUAAUGCUCUUGUCAUAGUACAUAGGAAAUACAUGUAUAUGUGGUUUGUUGCUGUAAAUGUGAAAUAAAAUUGUCA